CUUGAAUCACGCGCCAAAAGUGACCAAUGAGAGUCGCUGCACCGGGCAAGCGCAGUAGCUCAACAUGGCAAAGUUGGGACCACUAGUCACGAUUCACGUGGAAAGAGAAAGUUGGUGGAAGAAUGUCAAUAGAAAACCGAUUAUUGCAAAAUGUUACGUUGAUACUUUUCAACCAGUUCAUACGUAAUCCGAAAUCGCUCAUGACGACGGAAUUUCAACUGCAAAUAAGUUUUUAUACAGGCAUCGUACAUUAUGGCAUUCAUGAUUCGUCAAUAAUGACUUAAACUGAAUACUUCAAAGAGCUUAUAAGAUCACAUCUAGUGUAAAUAAUGCAUCUGUACUAUACAAAAUAAAAAAUCAGCAAGAUGAGCAACAAUGUAAAUAGUAAUCCAUUUGCUGGACUUUUCUCAACGGUCAACGAUGCCGUUUCUUUUUCUUCUCAACACCAAAUCCUAUCAGAUGAAAGUAGAUCUUCGGAAAAGCAUUCAAAUAUUUCUGAAAAUGGUCUGAAAGAGCAACGACUCCAGAAGUUUAUAGCUGAUGUAUUCUGUAUUACCUUACAAGAAAGGAUUAAAUUUAAGCAUGAUAAACCAUUAGUAUACAUAGAAACAGAUUCCUUAGAGCACGCCGUUUUCGAACGCUUAAUGUUGCGCAAUCCAAUAUCUAAACUAGUAAAUGGAGCCUCUAAAGAUUAUAUAAUCGAUCAACACGUUAUUGAAGUCAGCAUUAUAAUUUACCUUUUCGACAGUUACUGUCGACUUCAAGCAUAUGAAAGAGAUAACGAAUUAGUCGACUCCGUUGAAGAACUUCGUCAAAUAAUUUUUAGGAAUGUUGGAACUGCACUACAGGAGCCUGACGUUUACGAGGACCAGGAAAUUUAUAGGGACUAUUUAAAACUUGUGACUCUGGAAGAAACUGAAAAAGUCUCUUCAUUCACCUCAGGUGUAAUUGAAAAAUUAUCUUUGGACCAUGAAGAAGAUAAUCAGGAUGCCAUUAGUAAAUCCUUUAAGCCUAUGCUUGAUAUAAUAUACUUGGAGGUAGCUAACAGCAAACGCCUUAUUUUUCAUCCAUAUUGGUUUGACAUUUUACAAAUAUUUGCGGCGAUAGAACCUUUAGCUCAGUGCUUGAUUAUAUACAGCACUCCAAAAAGUAAUUCUGGCAAAGCAUAUGCUGAUACUUUGUUGGGAGCUUUGCUGAAUCUUAGUUGCCUCCCUAAAACUAUUGAUGCACCUUUUGAGUUUUUCGACAAUCCUUUACAACAGGCCACUACAACCAUUGACGGAACAAUUUGGUCCGCAUUAAUCAACUUAAACGAACGAGUAUUUAAACUUUUUCAUCUUCUUUUAAAAUGUACAUCACAAACUCGACACAUUACUUUAAAAUGGAUAGGAGAUUGUUUACAUGCUAAUGCUAGUCGAGGAAAAAUUUGGAGUGCCCACAACGACGAUGGUAUGGAAAGUGUUCCAUCAGUUUCUGACGGAUUUAUGUUAAAUUUAGAGAUUAUUUUGCUGAAAUUAUGCCAACCAUUUUGCACGAAAGCAAAUGAUCCAAAAAUUUUAAAAAUUGACCCCACUUAUUGCGCAGCAGAGGCAAAAAAUGAGGAAGAAUGUUUAAUUCGUGGUUUGCACCUGAAAGGAAUGAGUUCAGAAACUUGCCUGGUUCCUACGCCUGAAGGAGAAAUAAGGCCCGUUGCUGAAAAGUUUGGUUUUGUCACGGAGUGUUUUUUCCUCACCCAUCGAGCUCUGGAUCUUGGUCAUCGAGUUAUGUUAGAAAAAUUGUUAAGAUCAAAUCAAGAUUUGGCAAGGAUACAGAGGAUUUACAAUGACGCACAAGCUGGCGGUAGUUCUGAAGUCAUUGAAACCAUAACACAUCGUAUGGAAAUGGAAAUGACGAAAUAUUUGUCACUGAGAGCCAGUUUAUUGUAUCCCGAAAGUCUAAGUCUUCUCUCAAAAUUCCAUGCAACUACAGCUUAUUGGCUAAUGCAGAUUAAUUUAGAUGACUGUGAUAUACAAGAAACGAAGCGCAGUAAUUACGCUCCAAAGGAAUUCAAAUCAGUUACAUUCCCAUUACCUGAUACGGUUCCAAAAACUAUUAGGUGCAUUCCUGAAUUCGUAGUUGAGAACACAGUCGGAUUUCUAUGCUUCUUGAGGCGUUUGAAUCCCAAUGUGUUUGAGGAACAGGGUCCCAAUUUUUUAAAUCCAAUACUAACAGAGAUGAUAGCACUGAUGGAGUCACCAAAUCGUUUAUACAAUCCACACCUGCGCGCAAGAUUAGCUGAAGGUCUAGAGGCUUUAUUACCAUUAAAUGAUGAUCAAACUGGGCAGAAUAUACCUUCGAUUGGAUCCUUUCAUAGAAUGCAACUAUUUAUUUGCCAUCCACAUAGACAUCAGAUUGUCGCGAACUUGCUUAAAGUUUUUGUGAGCAUUGAAGUGACAGGACAAAGUGUACAAUUUGAACAGAAAUUUAAUUACCGUCGCCCCAUGUAUGUCGUUAUGGCUUAUUUGUGGAAAUUAGAAGAGCAUCGCAGAAAUUUCUUGAAUUUAGCUAAAGAGGCCGAAGCUAACAUGGAAGCAGUUCAACCCCCGUUGUUCCUACGUUUUAUUAACUUAUUAAUGAAUGAUGCUGUUUUUCUUUUGGACGAGGCACUUUCAAAUAUGGCACAUUUAAAGCAAAUAAUUGAAGCGAGGGAAAAUGGAGAUUGGAAUGAGCUGCCUCAAAAUGAGCGAGAACAACAGGCAGGAUAUCUUCAACACAUUGGAAUGAUUGCGCGAUUUGACAAUAUUUUAGGCAGAGAAACCAUACAAACUUUGAAAAUGCUCACAACCGAAAUAAAGUCGAUAUUCUGCCAUCCGACAAUGGUGGAUCGCAUAGCUUCAAUGUUAAAUUACUUACUUAUAAAAUUAGUAGGGCCCAACAAGAAAAAUCUUAAGGUAAAAGACCAGACAGACUACGACUUUAACCCAGCCAAUCUCGUGCUGAGUAUCUGCAACAUUUACAUAAAUCUUAGUAAAAGUGAGGCUUUCACACUGGCCGUUUCUCAGGAUGGACGGUCUUAUAGUCCAGAGCUAUUCCAACUGGCUGAAAAGGUUUUAGUUAGAAUAGGAGGAGUUGGUAUAAUAACCGAUUUAUAUACGUUUGCUCAACAAGUUGAAAUCGCUGCACGUCAAAAAAGAGAAGAGGAUGAAAUUUUGGAAGGCGUCCCUGACGAGUUUUUAGACCCAAUUAUGUCUACAGUUAUGAAUGAUCCCGUUAUAUUACCUUCUUCAAAAAUUACGGUUGAUCGUCAAACCAUAGCCAGACACUUGUUGAGUGAUCAAACAGAUCCAUUUAAUCGUUCGCCACUCACAAUGGACAUGUUGUGCUGCGAUGUAGACCUUCGAAAUAAGAUUGAAUCAUGGAUAUCCCAAAAGAAGCAAGAAAGGUGUUCAACUAGUGCCAAUGAUAAUACAUGCAUGGAUUUUGAAAGUCGUUGACUAAAAGAACUUUAUUUUUUCUAUUCAAUUUAUCAAACCAAUUAUCAUAUUUGGACAACAAACUCUUAAAUUUUGUUUAGAUUCCUAAGAAUUUCGAAUCUACAUUUAAAUAUUCGACGUUAAAGCUUUUUACAUAAACAAUAAUAUCCAAAA